AUGGAAGAAAUAGAUAGAUUAAUAUUUGAAAAUGGUAAAUUUAUUAAUAACCCAUAUAAGAACUCAAUGUUUAGAUUAAGAAAUAGUAACAAUUUCAAUCCAAGAGAAAUUCUUCCAAAAAUUAAGGAAUUGAAGAAUUCAAAAAAAUUCGAUAGUAUCUACAAAUUUCUUGAUGAAUCAUCAAGAGCAGAAAAUCAAAAUAUUAUUUUUAAGGCAUUCCAAGAAGGCCUUUGUGAUAUCAGAAAUAAAAAUGGUAGAAACAUUCUUAAUGAAGCAUCUGCAAAUGGAAAUCUCAAACUAGUGGUGAAUCUUAUUCAAUGUGGCUGCAAAAUAGAAGAAAAGGAUAAUGAUGGAUGUACUCCACUAAUUAAUGCGUUAAUUAAUGGUCAUUUUGAAUUAAUUAAGUAUCUUAUCAAUUUUGGAGCUAAUAAAGAGGCAAAAGAUAAUAAUGGAUCUACUCCAAUCAUUCAUGCAUCCCAGCAUGGUCAACUUGAUAUUGUAAAAUAUUUUAUAUCUCUUGGAACUGAUAAAGAAACAAAGGAUAAUUAUGGAAAUACAUCUCUCAUUUGGGCAUCUUGGAAUGGUCAUCUUGAUAUUGUUAUAUAUCUUAUCUCUAUUGGAGCUGAUAAAGAAGGAAAAAAUAAAAAUGAUCAAACAGCGCUCAUUUUGGCAUCUAAUGGUGGUCAACUUGAAGUGGUUAAAUAUCUAAUUUCUUCUGGAGUUAAGAAAGAAGUAAAGGAUAUUGAUGGGAAAACUUCACUACAUCAUGUUUCAAAUAAUGGUCAUAUUAAAAUUGUAGAAUAUUUGAUAUCUGUGGGAGUUGAUAAAGAGUCAAAGGAUAAUAUUGGAUCAACUCCACUCAUUCUAGCUGCAAAACAAGGUCAUCUUGAUGUAGUUGAAUACUUAACCUCUGUCGGAGCUAAUAUUGAAGCAAAAGAUAAUGAUGGAAACACUUCUCUCAAUUGCGCAUCAUCUGGAGGCAAACUUGAGGUUGUUAAAUAUCUUAUUUCUAUUGGAGCUGAUAAAGAAACAAAGAAUUAUGAUGGAAAUACUUUACUCAUUAAUACAUCAUUUAAUGGCCAUAUUGAUGUUGUUCAAUAUCUUUUCUCUCUCGGAUCUGAUUUAGAAGCAAAAAAUAUUGAUGGAAAAACUCCAUUAAGUUAUGCAUUAAUUAAUCAUCAUCUUAAUGUGAGUCAAUAUCUAAUCUCUGUUGGCGCUAAUAAAGAAGCAAAUAUAUAUAACGGUAAUGCCUUGAUCCAAUACUAUUCAAAAAAUGGUAACUUAGAAUUACUUAAAUAUCUAAUUUCUUGUGGAGCAGAUAAAGAUGCAAAAAAUAAUAAAGGUGAAACAUUACUUCAUUGUGCAUCUAGAGACGGUCGUCUUGAAGUUGUAAAAUAUCUUAUAUCUAUCGGAGCUGAUAAAGAAAUAAAAGAUAAUGAUGGAAAUACACCUCUCAUAACUGCUGUUAAUGCGCAUAAUUUUGAAAUUCUUAAAUAUCUAAUCUCAGUUGGUGCAGAUGUCAAUGCAAAAAAUAAUGAAGGAAAUACUGCACUCAUUCAAGUUUCAUAUUAUACAUAUUGUCUCGAUAUUAUUAAGUAUCUCAUUUCGGCAGGAGCUAAUAUAGAAGCAAAAAAUAAUGAUGGUUGGACUCCCAUUAUUAAGGCAUCAUGUUGUGAUAAUCUCGGUAUAAUUAAAUAUCUCAUUUCUAUUGGUUCUGAUAAAGAAUCUAAAACUAAAGAUGGAAAUACUCCUCUCAUUGUUGCUUCAAAAUGUGGCAAACUUGAUAUUGUUAAGUAUUUAAUCUCAAUUGGAGUUAAUAUUGAGGCGAAAAAUAAAAAUGGUGAUACUGCUCUCAUAAUUGCCUCAAAAGAAGGCAAACUUGAUAUUGUAAAAUAUCUUAUAUCUUUUGGUGCUGAUAAGAAAGCUACAAAUAAAGACGGAGAUACCCCACUCAUUAUUGCAUCACAUCAUCGUUAUAUUAAUAUUGUUCGAUACCUUAUCUCGGCUGAAGCCAAUAAAGAAGCAAAGAAUAAUAAUGGAUGCACUCCACUUAUCUGUGCAUCAUCUCGAGACAAUCUUGAAGUUGUAAAAUAUCUCGUCUCAUCCGGAGCUAACAAAGAAGCAAAGAAUAAUAAUGGAUGCACUCCACUUAUUUGUGCAUCAGAAAAUAGGAAUCUUGAAAUUGUAAAAUAUCUUAUCUCAUCAGGAGCUAACAAAGAAGCGAAAAAUAAUGAAGGAAACACUCCGCUCAUUUGUGCAUCAGAUAAAAGUAAUCUUGAAAUUGUAAAAUAUCUGAUUUCAGUCGGGGCAAAUAAAGAUACCAAAAAUAAUAAAGGUGAAACCCCACUUUCUGUUGGAUGGGGAGCUGUUAAAAAUUAUCUCUUAUCAAUUUGA